CAUCAUUUCUUGCCCCAGCUGGAUGUCGUAAGACGGGGCAGGCAGAGUUGGGAGCAGCCCCCUGUUAAGUAUCACACUGUGUGGACAGUCUUCCCACUUGGAUAAAGGUUCGGCGACGCGUCUGGGACCCGGACCGCUUCGAGCUCUGACACCGGACCACCUCACCUUCCCUGUCCUCAGACUCACGCUCAACUGCGAGAUUUAACGUUUUGUUUGUAUUUUUUUUAUCAAAACCAAAGAAUUCCUACAGACUCUUCUCUAGCUUCAUUCAUGCGGUGCUGAGCCCAAGGAUGAAGAUGAAGAGCGGGCUGUCUCUGGCGGCAGCUGCCCUCCUGGCACUGCUGCUGUCCUCCUCUCAGGCCCAGAACCAAGUCGACUCGCCGUCAGAUUUGAGGUUUAAAAUUUUAAAUGAGAAAACGGUGCAGAUGAUGUGGACCAGGCCGCGGUCGAGGAUCCAGGGCUACAGGAUACGAGUGACCUCAGACACAGAUCAACCGACAAAGGAAUUUACUCUGCCUGCAUCUGCGAGUAAAACCUCUAUAUCAGACCUGAGUCCAGAUGUGGAUUAUGUUGUAACAAUAUCAGCAUAUGCAGGAUCAGAGGAGAGUCUGCCCAUCUCCGGCCAGAUCACACUUGAGUCAAGUGGAGCUUCCAGAAAACCAGACUUAUCAGAUUCAGCCAAAUGUCCUGUGAGUGCCAUUGCAGAUGUAGUGUUCCUGGUGGACGGCUCCUGGAGUGUUGGCAGAGUAAAUUUCAAAUACAUACGCAACUUUAUCUCUGCGGUGGUUAGUGCCCUUCAGAUUGGUGAAGACAAAACCAGAGUUAGUGUGGUUCAGUACAGCAGCGACACUAGAACUGAAUUCAACCUGAACGAACACCUGACGCGACCUGCACUGCUGCGGGCCAUCAGUUCGCUUCCAUACAAAGGAGGUGACACCAGGACAGGUAAUGCCCUCAACUACGUCCUGACUAACACUUUCACCGAGGCGGCCGGAGCCAGGGAGGGUCUUCCUAAAACACUGGUGAUCAUCACCGAUGGCAGAUCUGAGGAUCCGGUGGAGAUCUAUGCCAAGCAACUAAGGAACAGGGGGGUGGAGAUCUUUGUCCUUGGUGUCCAACAUGCCGACAGAGAAGAGAUGAACUUAAUGGCCUCCCCUCCUUUCAGUGACCAUGUUUAUAGUGUUGCCAAAUUUGAAAAUAUCAAGAAUGUGCAAAAAAAGCUUAUUGAUCGGGUGUGCACUGGCAUCGACAAUCAGCUUAAUGUGGAUGUGAGCGGAGAAGAAGUUGUUGAACCCGCCUCUAACCUCCAAGUCCUGGAGGUGGCCUCCAAGUCCAUGCGGGUGUCCUGGGAUGCCUCAAUCGGGGACAUUUCUGGAUACAAGGUGCAGGUGAUUCCCAUGAUUACUGGCAGCAGGCAGCAGGAGCUGUACGUGAGCUCCACCCAGACCACAGUGGUAGUCAGAGAUCUUUCUCCAGAUACAGAGUACCAGAUCAGCCUGUUAGCACUGAAGGGUCUGACACCCAGUGAGCCCAUCGUGGCCUUGCAGAAGACCGAGCCCGUUAAAGUGUCACUGGAAUGUUCUCUUGGCGUGGAUGUUCAAGCUGAUGUCGUACUUCUGGUUGAUGGCUCCUACAGCAUUGGCCUGGACAACUUUGCUAAAGUACGAGCUUUCCUGGAGGUGCUGGUGAACGCUUUUGUCAUUGGGGCAGAUAAGGUUCAGAUCAGCUUGGUCCAGUACAGUAGGGACCCUCACACAGAGUUCUACCUGAACACGCACCAUGACCUGAGUGCUGUGGUCAAGGCAGUGAGGAGUUUCCCGUACAGAGGAGGCUCUACCAACACUGGAAAGGCCAUGACCUUCGUGAGGGAGAAGAUCUUCCAGGCUAAUCGAGGGGCUCGCACAAAUGUUCCCCGUGUCACCAUCCUCAUCACUGAUGGAAAGUCGUCGGAUGCCUUUCGGGAGCCGGCAAAUAAGCUCAGAAAUGCAGACGUGGAGAUCUUUGCAGUGGGCGUUAAGGAUGCUGUAAGAUCUGAGCUUGAGGCCAUUGCCAAUAUGCCUACAGAGACCCAUGUGUAUACUGUGGAGGACUUCGAUGCCUUCCAGAGAAUUUCCAAAGAACUUACACAAUCCAUCUGCCUGAGAAUUGAACAGGAACUUCGCAACAUCUACCAGAGACAACUAGUCCAGCCCAGAGACCUCACCUUCUCAGACGUUAGCCCCAGGAGCUUCAGAGCUUCAUGGGAAAUCGACGCUACAAAUGUUGAGUCCUAUUUGGUGAAGUUCAAGCCGGCUGAUGAUACAGAUGGACAUUACGUGUCUAUCUCUGUGCCUGGGGACACGCUCACUGCCCUCCUCCCCCACCUCACUCCAAUCACCCUCUACGAAGUCAACGUUUAUGCUCAGUACGAGAAAGGGCAAAGCUUGCCUUUGAAAGGCUACGAGACCACAUUAGAAGAGCAAGGCCCAGUGCGCAAUCUGAGAGUAAAUGAAGAGACAACAAACAGCCUCAGAGUGUCAUGGCAGCCUGCUCCAGGAGCAGUCACACGCUACCGGUUGACCUAUGAACCCGUAGGGGGCGACAGUUCGAGGUUGGAGGCGACCACAGUAGGCAGCGAGACAACUAUUGUGCUCCAGAAGCUCCAGCCUCAAACCACCUACCGUGUUACUGUCACACCUGAAUACCGGUCCGGACCUGGAGUGACACAGCAGACUGACGGCACCACCAAAGAAGAUGUGGGACCCCCUAAAAAUCUGGUCACCAGCGAUGUGUCAGACACCAGCUUUAAGGCGUCAUGGACAGCAGCACCAGGAAAUGUCAAGAUGUACCGGGUUCGAUGGAAGUCACAGUUUUCUGAGGAGGCUGGACAGAAAACGGUGCCAGGGCACAUUACCAGCACAGUCCUGGAAGGGCUGACCCCAGAAACACUCUACCAGGUGUCUGUUGUUGCUUCGUACGGUCACACAGACAGCGGCCCACUCGCUGGGGAGGAAACCACAGAUGCCUCUGCUGCUGGUAAAAGACUGAUUGUGUCAGAUGAGACGGAGCGAACCAUGAAGGUCACGUGGACUCCAGCGCCGGGCAGGGUGGUCAACUACCGCCUGAAGUAUGUCCCAAGCAGUGGAGGCAAAGAAGUAGCCCUGAAGAUCCCUGCCACGGCCACCUCCACCGUCAUGAAGCGUUUGCAGCCUUUGACCAAGUACAACAUCACCGUCCACCCCAUCUACAAGCGCGGGGAAGGAAAAGCAAGGCAAGGAGUAGGAGAGACACUGUCACAAUAUAAGCCUCCCAGGAACCUCCAGACCUCAGAGCCCACCAAGGACAGUUUCAGAGUCUCCUGGGAUCCAGCACCUGGAGAUGUUAGGGGCUACAAGGUGACCUUUCACCCCACAGGGGAUGAUAUUGACCUGGGAGAGCUACAUGUUGGCCCCUAUGAUAACACAAUCGUUCUGGAAGAACUUCGGGCACAAACGAGGUACUCUGUGGCUGUGUUUGGGAUGUUUGAUGGAGGGGAAAGUUUGCCUUUGGCAGGAGAGGAGAUGACGACACUCAUGGAUGGUCCUGAACCUCCUCCUUUGGACUCUGCUGACACAAGGUGCAAGACCAACGCCAAGGCCGACAUUGUGCUGCUGGUCGACGGGUCUUGGAGCAUUGGCCGCAUCAACUUCAAAACCAUCCGUAACUUCAUUGCUCGCAUGGUCAGCGUCUUUGACAUCAGCCCUGAGCGGGUCCAGAUCGCUCUGACUCAAUACAGUGGAGACCCAAAGACAGAGUGGCAGCUCAAUGCCCACCCAACCAAGGAAUCCCUGCUGAACGCCGUCAACAACCUGCCAUACAAAGGAGGAAACACCAUGACAGGAAUGGCUCUGAAUUUCAUCCUCCAGAACAACUUCAUACCCAGUGUGGGACAGCGACCCGAGGCCCGCAAAAUUGGUGUUCUGAUCACUGACGGAAAGUCCCAAGAUGAAAUUGUUGUCAACUCUCAGAAACUGAGAGACAGUGGUAUUGAGCUCUAUGCCAUCGGUGUGAAGAACGCUGAUGAGAAUGAGCUGAGGUCCAUUGCCACCGAUCCCGAUGAAAUUCACAUGUACAACGUCAACGAUUUCAAGUUCCUGUUGGACAUUGUUGAUGACCUCAGUGACAAUCUUUGCAACAGUGUCAAAGGUUCAGCAGACGCAUUGGAGGCACCCACCAACCUGGUGACCUCAGAGGUGACCCACCACUCCUUCCGGGCCACAUGGACAGCUCCCAGUGGCUCCGUGGACAAGUAUCGCGUCGUCUACAUGAAAGCGGCAGGAGGACCUGAACUGACAGUGCUGGUUGACGGGUCGGUCACCACCAUUGUGCUGCAGAACCUAACCCCUCUGACCAAGUACCUGGUCAAUGUUUACUCUGUGGCUGGUGAGGAAAGCAGCGAGCCACUGAAGGGCACUGAGACCACUUUGCCACUGUUAGCUGUGGAGAAUAUGAACGUUUAUGAUGAGGGUGUAACCACUAUGAGGGUGAGAUGGGAGGAGGUGGAGGGGGCCACAGGAUAUCUGCUGCUGUACAGGUCCGUCAAUGCCUCUGAGCCCCAGGAGGAGAAAGAGGUCCGCGUUGGGGGAGAUGAAACUAAUGUCCAGCUGGUGCAGCUGAUACCCAACACGGAGUAUUCCAUCUCACUUUUGGCCAUGUACGGUGAAGCUGUCAGUGAGCCCCUGGAAGGCAAAGGAGUCACAUUGCCUGUGCCUCCUGCUGGAGUACUGCAAAUCAGGGAUGUUACUCACAGCACCAUGAAGCUCAUCUGGGAUGCUGCACCUGGGGCUGUCCGCAAGUACUUGAUCACCUACAAACCAGACGAAGGAGACGUAAAGGAGGCUGAAGUGAAUGGUGAUGUCACUACCCUGGACCUGACCAGCCUCAUAUCUCAGACCGAGUAUGAUGUGGCCGUCACUCCAGUUUACGAUGAGGGACCUGGGAGCACAAUGCUUUCAAGCGCCAUCACAGAUGUUGUCCCAGCCCCUAAGAACCUGCAGUUCUCCGAGGUGGCCCAGACCUCGUUCAGAGCAACCUGGGAGCACUCAGCCCCGGACGUGGCCCUGUACCGCAUCGGCUGGGUCAAGCAGGGGGGAACCGACGCCUCCUAUUCGAUCCUCAGCAGCGAUGAGAAUUCUCACGUUCUGCAGAACUUGGACCCUGACACCGACUACGCGGUCACUGUCACAGCCAUCUAUCCAGACGAGUCAGAGAGUGAAGACCUGAUGGGAAACCAGCGCACAUUGUUGAAGGAUCCUGAUGUGCCCUCUGGGCCUCCACGAAACUUGAAGGUUUUCAACGCAACAACCUCGACGCUCACAGUGAAUUGGGACCCAGCCCCUGGAACAGUCCAGAACUACCGGAUCACCUACGGACCUGUCGCAGGAGGGGCACGUCUCUCAAAGGAGGUUGGAGGGAAGAAGACCAGCAUUAUCCUGCAGAAGCUUGACCCUGACACUCCGUACCACAUCACCGUGGCAGCUGUGUAUUCCACUGGCGUCAGCAGAGACAUUUCUGGGGAAGGAAGGACCAAUCCUCUGGGUGGAGUUAGAAACUUACAGGUGUUGAACCCGACCAUGACCACCCUGAACGUGCGCUGGGAGCCCGCCGAGGGUCGAGUGAAGGAGUACAAAGUCAUUUACCUUCCUGUCGCCGGUGGAGCUGAGAGCAUGGUAGGACUGGAAACAGUGUCAGCAGGUACAACCACCACCGUCCUGCGAGGCCUGCAGCCAGACACGCUGUACAAUGUCUCCCUGGUGCCAGUCUACGCUGAUGGAGAUGGAAAGACAAUGUCUGAAAAUGGAAAGACAAGAGCCCUGGGAGGAGUGAAGAACCUGAGAGUUACCAACCCCACCAUGACCUCUCUGACUGUGGACUGGGAACCGGCUGACGGUGCAGUUCGGCUCUAUAAAGUCUUCUUUCUGCCAGCGGCGGGUGGUCGAGAAGAAAUGGAGCAGGUUCCUGCAGGCACCACUUCCACCGUCCUGAGGAACCUGACACCCGACACAUUGUACACCGUGUCUGUGUUACCCGUGUACCCUGCCAGAGAGGGGAAACGCCAGUCUGAGAACGGGAAGACAUUGCCUUUGGGUGGCGUUGGCAACAUGAAGGUGACCAACCCCACUAUCACCACGCUCACUGUGACCUGGAAUCCUGCCGACGGCAACGUUCAGGGCUACAAAGUGAUUUACGUUCCUGCAGAUGGAGGACUGGAAGUUGUGGAGCAAGUGUCAGAGAGCACUACCAGGACUAUGCUGGAGAAGCUUCUACCUGACACUCGCUACAGCAUCACAGUUGUCCCCGUCUACGCCGAGGGGGACGGGCCCAGCCUGUCCGACAACGGGAAGACAAAGCCGCUGGGUUUUGCGAGGAACCUAAGGGUCACUGACCCCACCACCACUACUCUGAACGUCCGCUGGGAGCCCGCUGAGGGAAACGUCCGUGAAUACAUCGUGAUCUGGGAGCCGUCUGCUGGAGGGGAGCAGGACGUUGACCAGGUGACUGGAACCACCACCUCUACCGUUCUGAAGAACCUGGAGCCCAACACUGAGUACACUGUCACUGUGGUGCCUGUCUACCAUGAGAUGGAGGGCAAAUCGCAGUCUGAAAAGGGAAAGACAACUCCGUUGGGUGGAGUGAAGAACUUGCAGGUGAUCGACCCGACUAUUAACUCCUUGACCGUUCGCUGGGAUCCUGCUGUGGGCAACGUCAAAAGCUACAAGGUCUUCUAUGCAGCACAGCCAGGAGGAGAGGAACGCAUGGAGGAGGUGUCGAGCACCUCCACCAUCCUGAAGAACCUGGAUUCCAACACAUUGUACAACGUGGCGGUUGUUCCCGUCUACCCAGAUGUGGAGGGCAUACGGCAGACGGAGAAGGGAAAGACAAAGCCUAUGGGUGGAGUGAAGAAUCUCCAGGUUACUGACCCCACCACCAACUCCCUGAGGGUUCGCUGGGACCCAGCUGAGGGUGACGUUAGGCAGUAUCAGAUCAUCUACGUGCCAGCAGCUGGAGGAACCGAUAGCAUGACUCAGGUAUCUGGAAUGUCGACCAACACGGUGCUGAGGGACCUGCGUCCAGACACCGAGUACAAAGUCACACUGGUGCCUAUUUACGACGACAUGGAGGGGAAACGCGCGUCAGAGAACGGAAAAACAAAGGCUCUGGGUGGAGUGAAAAACCUGCAGGUCACUGAUCCCACCACAAACUCCCUCAAGGUGCGCUGGGAGCCCGCGGAGGGCAACGUCCGCCAGUAUCGCAUCAUCUACGUCCCUGCAUCAGGCGGCGCUGAAGACAUGGAACAGGUGUCCGGUGGCACUACCAACACUGUGCUCAGGAACCUGCUGUCCAACACGCUCUACACUGUCUCUGUGGUUCCAGUUUACCCAGAGGGAGAUGGUCUGCGCCAGUCAGACAAAGGAAAGACACUGCCACGCACACCACCCAGGAACAUUCAGGUGUACAACCCCACUCCCAACAGCCUGAACGUGCGCUGGGAGCCCGCCACGGGCCAGGUUCAACAGUACAAGGUGGCUUAUUCUCCGCUGACUGGAUCCAGACCCGCAGAGUCGGUGCUGGUUGCAGGGAACACUAAUAACGCCUUCCUGGACAACCUCAUCCCAAACACCCCCUACUCCAUCACCGUCUCUGCGCUGUACGCUGACGGAGAGGGGCAGUCGGUGAAGGGCAACGGCAAAACACUGCCGCGUGCCGGUCCCAGAAACAUGCGCGUGUUCGACGCCACCACCAGCAGCCUCACCAUCGGCUGGGACCACGCAGAGGGACCCGUCAGGCAGUACAGGAUCGCCUACGCUCCUCUGACCGGAGAUCCCGUCACCGAGUUCACCAUGGUUCCUGGAAACAGGAACAAUGCCAUGCUGCAGAGCCUGCACCCUGACACCCCAUACAACAUCACUGUAGAGGCCAUGUACGCCGAGGGCUCUGGAGGCUCACUCAACGGGAAUGGACGCACAGUCGGACUGUUGAGUCCCAGAAACCUGCGUGUGUCUGAUGAGUGGUACACGCGCUUCCGAGUGGCCUGGGACGCGGUGCCGGCUCCGGUCCAGGGAUACAGGCUGAUCUACUCUCCCGCAGGCACAAACCAGGCCAUUGAUCUGUUUGUGGGAGACGUGACCUCAUACACUCUGCACAACCUGCAGCCUGGAACCACCUACGAUGUCAAAGUGAUUGCUCAGUACACCGGCGGCAUGAGUGCGCCACUCGCUGGACAGGGAACAACACUCUAUCUGAACGUCUCCAACAUCGAGACCUACGACAUUGACCACGACAAGUUCUGCAUUAAGUGGACUCAUCACAGAGCGGCAACGUCGUAUCGAAUCAAACUGAACCCCGUAGACCCCUCCAGUAAAGGACAGCAGGAGAUCACCAUCCCCGCUGGUCUGCCCCAGUACUGCUUUGACGGACUUUCUCCAUAUUCCCUCUACACUGCAACAGUCUUCGUUCAGACCCCAAAUCUGGAGGGACCAGGAGUCAGCACCAAAGAGAGAACAUUGGUGAAGCCAACUUCAGCGCCAACACUCCCACCGACCCCAACACCUCCACCCACCAUCCCCCCUGCGUGGGCAGUUUGCAAAGGUGCCAAAGCAGAUGUGGUGUUCCUCAUCGACGGCUCCUGGAGCAUCGGAGAAGAUAGCUUCACCAAAGUCAUGCACUUUGUCUCCAGUGUCAUUGGGGCUUUUGACGUCAUCGGACCCUCAGGAAUGCAGGUUUCAUUUGUUCAGUACAGCGACGAUGCUAAAACAGAGUUCAAGCUGAACGCUUACAAAGACAAAGGCAUCGCACUGUCAUCGCUUCAUUACAUUCGCUAUAGAGGAGGAAACACGAAGACGGGUGUGGCCCUGAAACACACCUACGAAAAGGCCUUUUCUGUGGCGAACGGCAUGAGGAGAAAUGUCCCCAAGGUGGUGGUGGCCAUCACAGAUGGACAAUCUCAGGACGAGGUCAAGAAGAAUGCUGCUACACUGCAGCAAGCAGGUUACAGUGUUUUUGCCAUCGGUGUCGCCGACGCAGAUUUCACCGAGCUGCAGGAGAUCGGAAGCAAACCCGUGGAGAGGCACGUCUUCGUCGUGGACAACUUUGAUGCUUUCGACACCAUCAGAGAAAACCUGAUUACUUUUAUCUGUGAAACCUCGACUUCCUCCUGUCCCUUGAUUUUCCUGAACGGUUUUACGUCACCCGGCUUCAGGAUGCUUGAGGCAUUUAACCUGACAGAAAAGACCUACAGUUCCGUGAAAGGCGUCUCUAUGGAGCCCGGAUCCUUCAACAGCUACACAGCUUACAGGCUCCACAAGAACGCCUUCCUGACCCAGCCCACAACAGACGUCCACCCCAUCGGACUUCCUCACGCCUACACCAUCAUCCUGAUGAUCCGCCUCCUCCCUGACUCGCCCACCGAGGCCUUCGACAUCUGGCAGGUGUCCAACAAGGACCACAAGCCAGAGACCGGCGUCACUGUCGACCCCUCCAGCCAGACGGUGUCUUUCUACAACAAAGACGAGCGUGGUGAGAUCCAGAGAGUCUCCUUCGACAACAAUCAAGUGAAGCAGCUGUUCCACGGAAGCUUCCACAAGCUCCAUGUCCUGGUUUCAUCCACGAGUGUCAAACUCAACAUCGACUGCCAAGAAGUGGCUGAAAAGGAAAUCAAGGCUGCUGGAAACACAUCCAGCGAUGGCUACCAGGUCCUGGGCAAGAUGUCCAAGGCCAUCGGCUCCAAAGGACAGUCAGCAACUUUCCAGCUCCAGAUGUUUGACAUUGUGUGCAGCUUGGCCUGGACCAGCAGGGACAGAUGUUGUGACCUCCCGUCUAUGAGGGAUGAGCUGAAGUGUCCGUCUCUCCCCAACUCCUGCACCUGCAUGUCAGAGGCCAACGGGCUGCCUGGGCCUCAGGGACCAGUGGGUGCCCCCGGCAGCAAAGGCCUUCGAGGUGAAAGGGGAGAGGCUGGAGCUGCUGGACCAGUGGGCCCGCGGGGGGACAUCGGACCGCCUGGACCUAUGGGUCUGCCUGGCCCUCAAGGACCCAGUGGACUUUCCAUGCCAGGAGAGGCUGGACGCCCUGGACCAAAGGGAGAGCCUGGUGACUCAGGGCUACCAGGACAGAAAGGUCUACCUGGUCCUCCUGGGCCCGUCGGACCACUCGGACCAGCCGGAGUCAGAGGCCCUCAAGGGAAGGAUGGACCGACUGGACCCAGAGGCCCCGCAGGGCCCAUGGGACCUCCAGGAGCUCCUGGGAUACCAGGCAUGGCAGGAAAACCAGGAAACACCGGAGAAUCUGGGCCUCCUGGCGCCGUUGGCCCCAAAGGAGACAAGGGCGAGAGAGGAGACUUUGCUCCUCAGAACAUGAUGCGAUCCAUUGCCAGACAAGUCUGCGAGCAUCUAGUAAACGCACAAAUGACUCGUGUCAACACGUUACUGAACCAGAUCCCCAGCGGCGUGCACCGCAGCAAUAACCCGGGUCCUCCAGGGCCUCCGGGACCCAGCGGGAGGCAGGGACCCCGUGGAGAGCCCGGACCCACAGGACAGAACGGCUUCCCUGGUAGCCCAGGUUUACCCGGGCAGCAGGGGGAGAGAGGUCCUCCAGGAGAGAAAGGAGAGCGAGGAGCGCCAGGUAUCGGACAGAAAGGACAGAGAGGUCCUCCAGGCCCUGCAGGAGAAAGCAGGACUGGACCUCCAGGCCCCACAGGCUCCGCUGGAGCUCGCGGUCCCCCUGGACGUCCAGGCUAUGCUGGAGCCCGCGGGCCUCCUGGACCCUCUGGGUACUGCGAUUCUUCUCAGUGUGUUGGUAUCCCAUACAACGGUCAAGGAUAUGUAGGUUCACCAUAGUAGACUUUCUAAGCCGCCUGUGCUGCUUUCACUGACUUCCUGAAACCAAAUCAUAGAAGUAACUGAAACACGCUAGACCUGUUUAGAGGAUAGCCGCCAGAGGAACCCAUUAACAAACCCAACAAAGAGGGAACCAGUACUAACAUCGACUCACAAGCCACCGGCAGCAGCGCUGACGGCACCGGCGCCUUUAAUGGCCUGCUGCUUCUCGAAGCCAAAGACCAAACAAAGACACGUUGCGUUGAGCGGAGGAGCAUGCGCCAAACUACAACACAGAUACUAACCAGGUGAAUUAGACACGGAGGAAGUGCAGCCGCCACGGCAACAAGUGUUAACAGCAUUGGUGUCAAGGUGACGUGUAAAUGAACUAAUGGUGCCUUGUAAAUGAAGCCAAUCCACUAAAUGUACCUUUAACAUCUGUAGUUUGAAAGCUUGUGCCUUGCAAACAACAACCUGCUUCCUGCUGAAUGCAACCAACACAACACUUCAAACUUCUGUCAUCCCCGUUUUUCACCGCUCAGGCUCGACUGGACGUUCACACUCUACCCCUCAUUCAUUCUACAUCUCCCAGAGCAGCAGACUAACACCUGAGCUGCUAGAGUCAAAACGAGGGAGGACUGAGGCGUAGUCGGGGGAGCGUCGUCAUGGUUUAGUCGACGACCUUCAUCAACUCGCCCCUGAGCCUCCCUGACCUGGUGCCUUGUCACACACAUUCACUUCUGUUUGUGCGUGUUGAGACAAACUGAGGAAACGCUAUCUCCAACUAGGCCGAUACCCUCCAGAACCCGACAGCAGAGUAGCCCCCGCCCGCGAGGAGGAGCAGGAGGAGCAGGAGGUGCUGCUAAGCCAGCGCGGAGGGAGGAUGUCCAGCAGACUAACAUGAGACAGAGCAGGAGCUGUGCACACUAGACGCAAAGGGACGAGGUUUGAUACCUCAGCUUCAUUGGAAAACACCUACACAUGUGUGUGGCAGGAAGGAGGUCAAAGGUCAGGAAUCCAUUAAAACCUGUGAGAUUAGUUUUUCCACUUGUUUCUUUUGCUUGUAACAUAUUUGCAUCAGUUUGUUUGAACGUAGCAGUGUUGAACAGUGCAUCAGUGUAAAAUAUAACCCAUCAGUUACACACGGCUUCCAUUUUUAUCUCUACAUCCAUAUUUAUCGGUUUCCUUUAGUUCACGGCUCAUUUCACCAGCGGUGGAAUAGUCUGUGGUGUAUGUAGUAAGUUUUGUUAUUUCAUUUUGUGUUAACCAGAAUAUAGUUGUUGUCGUCAUCCUUGUCAUUCUCUCAGUAUCGACAGCAGUGGGAACCAGCAUGCACGACUAUGAAAUGGUUCACUGCUUCAUAUUUUAACUGCAGUUUGUGAAUCCACAGCCUUAUUUUCUUAUUUAUUUCUGAAAACCAAAGAGGCAUUUUUCAAUAAAACUACUGAAAAUUGA